AUGCCAGCCACAGGCAGCGUGAAGAAGUGGCGCCGCUACCAGCACGACACCGUGGCUCUGUGCAAGAUCCGCCGCUACCAGACGUCCACCAAGCCGCUUAUCUGCAAGCUACCGUUCCAGUGGCUGGUGUGCAAAAUGCGCAGGACUUCAAGACUGGCCUGCGCUUGCAGAGCUCAGCACUCACGGCACUGCAGGAGGUAUGUGAGGCCUACCUGGGGGGGUGGGGGACUCUUCGAGGAUACCAACUUUUGCACCAUCCAUGCCAAGCGCGUCACCAUUAUGCCCAAAGACAUCCAGCUGUUGUGCCGCAUCCACGGAGAAAGGGCAUAA